AUGGAAGGUUGGGGAGAGAUAUCACGAAUAAUAUCGACAACAACAUCGUCAAAUGGCACAAGGUCACAGAUAACUUCUUUGGAAUUUGAUUCCCAGCAAGACUUGCUUUGGUGUGGUGAUUCUUCAGGGUAUACGGGCUCGUUCACGUCCACGAUGCUCACGCCAUACACCAGAUUCAAGCUGUCACUUGCAUUCGAAGACCCGGUGAUACAGCACCUCAACCACCAGAGGGGAAUCCUUUCGCUUUCGAACCAUAAUAUAAACUUCAAUUCGAGAAGUGGAGCUAGUAAGCUAAGUAUAAGUGCCAACCUGUUUACGCUGAUAGAGGAAAAGAAACUCUUUGGCGAUUUGUCUUGCAUGACCCUCAAUUGCAAUUCAAACAAUGAUUUAGUAUUGGGUGGAGGGAAGUCACUCUUCAAAGUAGAUUUAUUGAAGCCAUCCUCGGUCGCACAAGUAUUUAAUCACCAUGGAGGAGUUUCCUAUAUGAAUACGUCGUCUCUGAAGUUCUUGGUACUCGGAAACUCAAACGGUUCCUUGGAAACGUUUGAUCCUGCUUCUAACCAACUGUUGAAGACAUUCCAUGGACACAAUGGACUAUUGAGCGACUUAGAUGUCCUGGGAAACUAUGCUGCGACGUGUGGGUACUCUUUGAGGCCGAAAAGGUACAACAAUAACAACAAUAAUAACGGCAACAAUAGCGACUAUAUUGUGGACCCAUUGGUUAAUAUUUAUGACUUCAGAAUGAUGAGACCUUUAUCACCAAUACCAUUUCCUGCGGGCGCUUCAUUUGCUCGAUUCCACCCGAAGUUACCUAAUAUAAUUAUCAUUGCCUCUGCCAAUGGGCAGAUCCAAUUCGUUGACAUCUAUGAUCAUCUGAAUGUAACUGUGUACCAGGGUGAUGUCAACGGCGGAGAAAAUGUAGGAAAUGGAGUAGGCGUCGGAGUUGGAUACUUGUCAAAUCUCAAUAUCAGUCCAAAUGGUGAGUUCAUUACUUUUAGUGAUAGUUUCCUGAAUCUUCAUUUAUGGUCCUUUAUCAACAACGACAACCUGACCUUCAAUAGUUUCCCCACACCUAUUGAACAGCCAGACAUGGACAUGAAUCUCCAUAUGACACAGCCAGCAGACAUCGACGAACCAAAUUUCCCACUUUCGUCCAUUGGAUUACCAUACUACAAGGAUUAUUUGUUAUCUAAUUACCCUGCUGAAUUGAAAUUUAGCAAGGAACAAGCUAAAUUACCUAGGGCCAUUAAUGAUGAAAUAGUAGAAGUUUAUGAACAAUUUACGAGAGGAAAUGGGAUGGAAAAGAAGUUUAUGGCAUACGACAAAUUAAAAUAUGGACCAAGGAACGUCGAGAACAAGUACGAGCCAAUAGACAAUAAAGAAAAAGGAAGGACGACAGGAAAGAAGACUUUAAUUCCGAAAUUCAUUAGUGAAAGAAUGGGUGAGUUAACGAAGACGUUAAGCAAUACUUCAAUAGAUAGUGAUUAUGGAUUCAACCAUUCCAAUAGUCCUAUUCAAGCGCAUAGUGUGAUAACUAAUUCUGCGGGAACUGGAAUAUCUUCAUCAGCAACGGCAAUAUCCACUUCAGCAGGACCGGGACAGACAUCUGAUGAUGAUCAUAUCUUCCAGUACAGUUCUAACGCAAAAUCUACUCCUCCCAACUGCUAUACAAAGCUUCAAAUUCAAUACUCUCGAUUCGGGGUAGAAGACUUUGACUUUGAUUAUUACAACAAGACUAAUUUCUAUUGCGGAUUGGAAAAUCAUUUGGACAAUUCAUAUGUGAACCCACUUCUUCAACUUUACAGAUAUUCUCCGAUAUUUUAUAACGAAGUUAUCUCACACUUGUUUCAUGAGUGGUUGCCUAAUGACAAUGAAACUAUCUUAAAUUCUAAGAAUCCCCAAGGAACUUCCAUGCUCAGUGAACUAGGUUAUCUCUUCGAUAUGAUGUACAAAGCACAGUGUAAAAAUGUAAAUAUUUCGAAUUUUUCGGAGUGUUUCAAUUCAAUGCAAGAUGCAGCUCAACUUGGAUUAUUGAACCUUGAUGAGGGAAAAACUUUGAGAGGCAGCGAGUUAAGAUAUUUGAUUAUAAACUUUAACAAAUAUUUGACUUCAACAGUUGCAAAAGAUGAAAGAAGGCAACUGCCUCCAAACCAAGGAGGAAACAAAAUUUGGGGGUUGGAUUCGACUCUAGGUUUCUAUGUUAUCUCAGAGGCCAAGAGUAUAGGAUGCGGAUUCUAUGAUCAAAGAAAUAAUAUUCAAUUUACAAUAGAUUUGAAUGUACCACCACAACAGCCUGGUAUAAAGCAUAUUAACAGGGAUAACAUUAUAAGCUACCUUGAUAAAUCAUUAUUCCAGUACAAGACGAUCCAAUGCCAGCAAUGCUCCAACACGAAGUAUCAUUUAUUGGAAGUUAAACACCAGGUAGUUAAACUUCCACCAUUGUUAGUUAUUAAUCUUAAUAUGUCAAAUCAAGAAUUUGAAUCUGUUGAUAGGGGUUGGUUAGUGAAUGAAUUUUAUGCAAAUAAAGGCGGAGACAACAGAAAUGGAAAUGGAGUAUCAAUCUCUUCUCGCCCUUCAAACACCAACCCAACCAAAUAUGAACUUUUAGGAUUUGUUUGUGAAAUUAGCCAUAAGUCAGAUUCUACCGUUGGUGAACAUAAUUUGGUAUCUUUUAUUAAGAUUCAAGGUGAAUGGUACCUUUUUAAUGAUUUCUUGGUCAUGCCUAUUCCUGAAUCAGAGGUAUUUGACCUAACAAAAUCAUGGAAAAAACCUACUAUUGUCAUGUAUCAGGAAACUACCACAAUUCAGUUUAACUAUAUUCAAAAUUUGAAACGCUCGGACAUCACUGACUCCAUAAUUUAUCGUGACCACUUUGCAGGAACUAUAAGGAAAGAUUAUCAAAAGCAAUACAAACUUUUAACAUUGGAUGAAACCAUCCCCCAACCUGGAAGUUUGAUUGCUAUUGAUGCUGAAUUUGUCACUCUAGAGCCUGAAGUUUUGGAAAUUAAAUCAACAGGGCAAAAAACUAUUAUCAAACCAAGAAAGCUUUCCCUUGCUAGAAUAUCAGUUAUAAGAGGAGAUAAUACAGAUGGACUAGAAGGGGUACCAUUUAUUGAUGAUUACAUAGUUCAUACUAAGGAAAUAGAUGACUACUUGACGAGUUUCUCUGGGAUUGAACCUGGCGAUUUGGACCCUAUCAACUCGACCAAAAAUUUGGUUACUUUGCAGACAGCCUACAGAAGAUUAUGGCUAUUAUUAAACAUGGGAUGUAUAUUUGUUGGUCAUGGAUUAUAUAAUGACUUCAGAUGUAUCGACUUACAGGUUCCAAGACGUCAAAUCAAGGACACUGGUGAAUUUUAUUACUUAUCUGAAUUUAAACGUAAGUUGAGUCUUAAAUUUUUGGCUUACAUUUUAUUAAAAGAGAAGGUUCAAACAGGGAACCAUGAUUCCAUCGAAGACGCACACACAGCACUAUUAUUGUACAAGAAAUACUUGGAGUUAAAAUCUCAAGGAGAAUUUGAAUCUACAUUGUACAAUAUAUACCACGAGGGCCAAUUAUUGAGAUUUAAAGUACCAGAUAGUUAA